AUGCGCACGGUUAGCCCAGGACGGGUCUGGCUCAGCGGGAGCUCCUCGCAAGGAGCCACGCAAGCGGCAGGCGUUGCUUCCCCGGGGUCGGCCGGGAAGGGGGCAGGAAAGGGUUUUCCGCCCUCCCCUCGGCCCCCGCUCCCGGCCCUGGGGAGGGGCCAGCCCCGGCGGGUGCGCCCUUUGCCCGCCGCUGCCCCCGGGCCGGGCGCAGCCCCUGCUCCCCUGGCAGCCGGGUCGGCCCCUCCGGCGGGUCCCGCUGCCGCUUGGGCCGAGCCGGGCCGGGGCGGGGGCGCGGGCGCAUCCCGCCUCCGCCGCCUUCAGGGGCGCCGCGUCCCGCUGGCGGCGCCUCAUGGCGCGAUGCAGCUGCAGUGGGAGGGAGAGGAAACCCACCCCCCUCGCCCGGCGGCCGCCUUUGUAACCGCCCGGCCCAGCUCAGCGCGCAGCGGCUCGGGGAGCGCCGGAGCGCGGCGGCGGGAGCAGAUGGAGCCGGAGGGUUGCCCUUGUUCUCCUUUUCCAAUCAAGUGUCACAUUGACUCCAGUCCUGCGUUGGAAGCAUGUGGGGAACUGCAGCACAUCAGCUCAGCACAAUGUCUCCAUCAGGCUGGAAGGAAGCCCAAAACCAAAACUGCACUGGCCAAAAUGCAUCCUCUACAGAAACCCCAAGUACCUCCUAAGCCUGUCCAUCUCAAACCUGGGCAGGAAAGAAUUCCUCCUGCACCAUCUCGGCCUUUGCCAGCUGAUCCCAAAUCAUCAAGGAGCUUAGCACCUGGAGAGGAAGAAGUACCAAUAUCAGCAGGAGUCAACACGCUCAUUGAGAAAUUUGAAAGUAUUAGGCAACCUGUACAUAUUCUUCAAAGAAACCAGCUAAAUUUAGCUCUUAAAAUGGAACCUGGCCUGGAUUCAUCCAAGCAGAUGAGCUUGUGUGACCGUGACACAGUGGCUUCCAGCGACUCUUCCACAAAUGACAAAACUGAAUUGGAUGAAACUGAGCCCAACAUACCAUGCAGCAUGGAUCUAACUAACACAGACAUAAUGAAAAUUAAAGAGCUGAGCAUAGGUGAUAGCAAAAGCCAUGAAGACUGUACUGCUGUGACUUUGAGCAAAGAGUCCCAAGAAGAGCUUGGCAGUAAAGACUCAACUGCAGAACUGAAUGGGAGUGGUAAAAUUCCCAACAGAGACAGUGGCAUUGACAGUCCUUCUUGUAGUGUGGCUGGGGAAACAUUCCCCAGUGAAGAAGGGGCCGAGCAGAAGAAGUCCAGCAUGGCUGGGAACCCAGGAGAGAUGGAACCUGACAGAAAGGGCACCAAACCUUCCUCUGUGGAGCAGAAGAGAGACUCCACGCAGGAUGACGACAGUGACAUUGAUGAAGGAAGCAGUGAGGAGCAAGAGAUAGCAGAAGUGCCAAAGUUGGAGUAUUUGGAUGUAAACAAGUGUACAGAGCCCCAAAAGCUAUUCAACAUCGCCAAUGAGCUGCUCCACACAGAAGAAGCGUAUGUUAAAAGACUCCAUCUCUUGGACCAGGUUUUUUGCACUAAAUUGUCCGAAGCAGGGAUCUCAUCUGAAGUGAUAACAGGCAUCUUCUCAAAUAUUUCUUCCAUCUAUUGUUUCCAUGGACAAUUUCUUCUUCCUGAGCUCAAAACAAGAAUUACACAAGAAUGGAGCGUCAACCCACGGCUAGGAGAUAUCCUGCAGAAACUUGCUCCUUUUCUGAAGAUGUAUGGAGAGUAUGUAAAGAACUUUGACAGGGCAAUGGACAUAGUGAACACGUGUAUGCAGCGGUCCUCUCCCUUCAAAGAUGUUGUUCAGAAUAUACAGAAACAGGAGGUGUGUGGAAACCUGACUUUGCAGCAUCAUAUGCUUGAACCAGUGCAAAGGAUUCCUCGUUAUGAGCUUCUCCUGAAGGACUACUUAAAGAAACUUCCAGAAGAAUCUCCAGACAGGAAAGAUGCUGAAAAGUCCCUGGAGCUGAUAUCAACAGCAGCAAACCAUUCCAAUGCAGCCAUCCGGAAGAUGGAAAAGAUGCACAAGCUUUUGGAAGUCUAUGAGCGCCUGGGUGGUGAAGAGGAUAUUGUUAACCCAGCCAACGAGCUCAUUAAAGAAGGACAAAUUCAGAAACUUUCAGCAAAGAAUGGCACAGCACAGGAUAGGUAUUUAUUCCUGUUUAACAGCAUGGUGCUGUACUGUGUGCCAAAACUGAGGCUGAUCGGCCAGAAGUUCAGUGUCCGAGAGAAGAUGGACAUUGCAGGACUGCAGGUCCAAGAAAUUGCCAAGCAAAAUGUGGCUCAUACAUUUUCCAUAACAGGAAAAAAGAGAUCAUUGGAACUGCAAGCCAGGACAGAAGAGGAGAAGAGGGAGUGGAUUCAUGUCAUUCAAGCCACAAUAGAAAAGCACAAACAGAACAGCCAGACCUUCAGAGCUUUCAAUAGCUCUUUUUCACAAGAGGAGGAGCAUCCUCCUGAUUCCUCAAUAGCCAGCACCAGCUCAGUUGAAUCAAUGCCAGGAGCAGAUGGUGGUGGUGCAUUAGGAGGGAGUGAUUCCUCUAGGAAAUCUUCCAAAUCCAAGCGAGACAAAGAGAAACAGUCUUGUAAGAGCUGCAGCGAGAGCUUCAACUCCAUCACAAAGAGGCGGCACCAUUGUAAGCAGUGUGGGGCUGUGAUCUGUGCAAAAUGCUCUGAGUUCAAGCCCCUUGCAGAUAACAGCCGCCAUAACCGCGUGUGUAAGGAGUGUUUCCUGCAGCUCCCAGCCAGCCCCUGCAGCCCCGGCGUGGAGGCAGCUGGGGAACAGAAGAAAAGACUAGCUGCAGAGAAGCAAAGCAUCCUUGUGGCUGAAAACAGCCUCUUCAGCAGCUACCUCCAGUUCCUUGAAAAAGGGAAGACUUGGAACAAAAUGUGGGUGACCAUCCCCAAGAGUGAACCUCUUGUUCUGUAUCUGCAAGGAAGCAGCCAGGAUGGACGAAGCCCACGUCCAGUCCCUCUGCCUGGCUAUGAAGUCAGUUUACCAGGUUCUGGUGAGAAGUUUGAUCUGAAGCACGUUUUUAAGCUUUGCCAGUCCCAUCAAACUCUCUAUUUCAGUGCAGAAGAUGAAGAGCUGCAAAUGAAAUGGAUGGAAAUUCUCACCAAAGCUGCCAAAGGAGAGACUGAGGAUACAGCUGAAGGGCUCAGCAACCCAUAGAGCAAGUUUCAUUUAGUUUCUUUCCUACAUGCUAUAAACCAUCACUUGAAUUUGGUAUUCAUGGCACUUUGGAAUCUAUAUGGCUUUAUAUUUUCAUGUGUCUGCAUAGGAAGUUCAGUGGUUUCUCACCUUUUAUUGUACAUUUUUCAAGAAUAGUAGUUACCUGCCAUAUAUUAUGUUAAAGAAAGAAGUAGUUAUAGUUGUUGGUGGUGUCAAUGCUGGUUUUAAAACAAAAGGCAAGGAGCAAAGCAUUAAUUUUAACAAAGGUAAUGGAAAAUCAUCAGUCUUGUUUUCCUAAAUGUAUAUUUUCCAGUCCUUUUGAUUGCUGUUGAGUGCAGGAUGUGUAUAUUCUGUGAUUAGUUCUAUAAAUGCUGCCUUUUAAGUUAAAUGUUGUAAAGGCUUGUGCUGGCCACUGACAUUCCAUUCUCUGCCUCGCCCUCCCGGUAAGGUCUUUGUGAUGUGUGAGCAAUGUACUGAGUAUUUUCCUGUUGCUAAAACCAUGUCUCUGCUGUUUUGAGAUGAGCUGUUCAAAUGACAAAUAGUGUAGAAGGGACUUCUAAAAAUGACUGCAAGUGGUGCAGAACAGAACAUUAAGAAGUUGAUUUUAAGCAUUUAUUAUAUUGAUUGCUUUCUUCUGGAAACAAUACCUUCCUUCCUUCUAUUGGAACCCAUUUUGAUGUAAGUGAACAAACAUUUUAUACUGCAAACUGGGUUAUGAUCAAUAAACAAAAACAUUUUUAGUACAUACCAUACAAAAAAGUGACUUUUUUGUUGUAUUGGUUAAUUUAAGUGGCCUAGAUUUUAUUUAUAUAAUUUGUAAAUAAUGUUUCAUAAGUAUUUUAAGAAUUUUUAAAAGACCUCAGCUAAUUAACAGGAUUUAUUACAUAGUGUAAGAGAUAUUUGUAUGAACUGAAUUUGUAAUUUAAUUUUCCUGUUCACCUGUUUUUGUCUUAUUUUCAAACAUAAAUGCUUAUCUAUUUAAAUAAAAAUUCCUGCAGUUAACUCCUGAGCCAGAUUUCCUAGGCACAGCAAAGUUUAGGUCAACAUUUAAUAUAGGUUAAAAAAAAUUAUAAAAGUCUAAAACAAACCAAAAAAAAAAGGCAUGUUUGUUCCUAGUCGUAGUAAGCAUGUAGUAUCGAUCAAAAUGAAAUAAAAUCUGUCACAGUACUGUAUUUUUUAAUGGUUUGGUUUAACUUUUGUUUCCUCUUCAGCCUUCUACAUUUUCUGAUAGAGAGGAAUAAAUGCUCCAUACAGACAGAGUUUUUUAGGAUUGUUGAAAAUUAGUGAUCUGCAUCAGUGAAUAUUUUUCAGACCUACAGAAAAGGACUUAUCCUUGUUUGGGGUUUGGUUUAUUUUUUACAUUGGUGAAUAAAUCACAUAUCUGAAGUCCAUGAUGAUAAAAAAUUAUAGGCCAUGUAUUUGAUUAUCUACUGGAAAAUUUUCUUGAGACUUGCAUGUUUCUUCCCUAUCCACCCUCUCCCAACAGUCUACACAGAAAAGACUUCCUGAAGAGUAGCUUUUACCAUGAAAAGGAAUUUUUUCCAGUGUGUGUUAUUUCUUCUCCCAAGCUUCCUUGAAAAUGUAAUGAUGUAGAGUGCUUGAAAAUUUACUCUUUUAGAAACAUUUCUGGUUUGGAGGUG